CAGAUUAAAAUCUUUCAUGUAGUUGAAGAUGGGACAGUUUUUCCUGUUUUUGAAGAGAUGCUUGAGAAAGAGAUAGGAGAGGGGUAAAAUGCAGAGUACAUAUCUAACCCUGUGUCAUUUUACUCUAGAUCAUCGUAGGCCUAAGAAAGGGAGGGCAUAUUAAAGAUUUUAUACUUUUGUUUCCUUUAAUAGUUUUCAUUUUUCAAUAUUUUCAGGACAAAUCCACAAGUGGUUUUGGCUUAGCCAGCAAUCAACCUUUGUUGGGCUGCUUAGAAGGACUUCAGAAAGCUUUGAAUGUUACAUCCUUGACCGCCAUGGCAACCAGACUAGAAACUAUAGCUAAGCAAAAAGGGCUUGGCUCGCACCAGAGCCCCACAGAACCAGCUUGUUACAUCACCUCUGACAUGUUUUACUUGGAAGUUCUCAUGAAGCCAAGUGGGGAAGUUCUUGAUGUCAAAGUCGCCCAUCACGGAGAAGCUCCUGUGACUUGCGAAGAACUGAUUAAACUUUUGAGGUUGAAGAAUUUUGAAGACUUUUCAAAGAAGCUGGAAGGGUUUUCCUCUCUCUACCACAUUCAUGGAGAUAGUGAAACCAAGAUAAAGACCUAUUUAGCCCUGCAGUCGCUUGAGACGGAUCUGAUGAAAAUGUCUCGGUUCCCCAGGUAUUCCCUAAACAUGUCGGUUAGUUCACAAAAACAAAAUGUCGUUCCAUGA